AUGCCGGCGAGGACGCUGAGCUCCGAUGCCAGUACACUGCAUUCUAUCUCGCAGUCCAUCUCGCAGUCUGAGCACCUGGAUCCAGAGAUCCGCUUGCAAAUACAGAGUAAUAUCCAUGCCAUUUACGAACCCAGCGUCGCUUCUCUAUACCACAUCACAACAUCGCGUGGCCCCGACGGAACUUACAUCGCCUUCCUAUCCAAGCAGGACAACGUUGCCAAAGCCCUCUUGAACCCCAGCCUCUUGGCUAGCGAGCCUAGAAGUAGCCGCAACGCCGCCAUGCUAAGCCUGCUCGAGGCGACUGAACAGCGCAUCCAUGAAAUGUUGGUCAAGAGCAACCCCAUGCGAGACAACCACGGCAAGAAGAGCAGCAAUACAGUGUCAACGCCAGAUACGAAGGUCACUCGAACGCCCACAAGCGAUGAAGUGUCGAUAGAUUAUGGGGAAAAACCGAAGGAGAAAGGCUUCCCCUGGAAGAAGCAUAUACGCGUUGAGUCUGCCUACGCAAGGAAGGUCUGUAAUUGA